UUUAGAGGAAUGAGCUCUCACGCGCAUGCAAGAACAAUUUGUAGCGGAAGCGCAGUGUCAGGCGCGGUUUCUGCUUUGCAUUUCUUAAGAAGCUAUAGUCUAUUUGCACCAACUUCAGAUUUGUGCAGAUACGAGCCAUAUAAUUCUAAAGAUUAUAACUUUGGAAAUACGAACAGUUUAGAAAGUUCUAACACACCAGACACAGCAAUUGGCCGGACAUCAUCGUCAUUAACACCCCCAUCUUUGUCAACAACAUUUUCACUUCCGGGAUCUUUAUUUCAACCACCGUUCAUAACUACAAUGCCACCAUUAAUGCAAUCCAUAAGUGUGCCUCCAACAUUUUCAAAUAGCAAUUCAAAUGGCAUGGUAAGUCGCCACUUUUUGGGGGCAAAUAGUAUUACAAGCGUACAUAGACGACCUAGGAGUGAAAAAAAACCAAUUCCGGAUGAACAAAAAGAUGAGAAAUAUUAUGAAAGACGUAAACGUAACAAUCAAGCUGCAAAAAAAUCUCGUGAUGCUCGAAAGAUUCGAGAAGAUAAUAUUGCAUUACGAGCAACAAUGUUGGAACAUGAAAACGCAAUUUUAAGGGCGCAAGUGAUAACGCUUCGAGAGGAAGCUCAAUGUCUUCGACACAUGUUAAUUAAGCAACAGAUAUCACCACUGCAAUCCAUCGAUCGUUCGAUUUCUUCAGUAACACCUGUUACAUUGUCACCUCCACAUUCGACCGCAACAUUGGAUUAUAAAAUUUGA